AUGGCCACCCCAACUCCGCCGCAACCAUCCAAGCGUCCAUCGGGAAGCGUUUCCACCCCGUCCCACCUUCACCAUGCAUCAUCUCCGGUAGCCCAGAACCGCCAAGCAGGGAGCAAGACACCCGUCAACCACCCAACCACCGGCUCCACUGGCAGCAAGACCCUAGCAGGUACCCCGAUGGUGCAUAAUUUGAGCUCCAGUGGAUUCACUUCUUCACCAACCGCUGCCAUGUUGAGCUUCAACACUCCCGGAGGGCUGGAAGGCCACACACCGGCCGGGUUGAACAUGUCCACGCCGCGUGUCGGCGGUGUGGGGAUGAUGCCAACGCUGAGCGACCUCGGACUCUACCCUAGUGGCGGGAGACGGAACGAGGAUGAUGAGCGCCGCGCGAAGAUGCGCAAGGUGCUCCAGACCAUCGGCCGGCCCAAGGGCAGGGUGAGUGAGGAGGGUAUUGCUCGACUCGCUCGCAGAGUGGGAUUCCAGAGCGACAUCGACGCCGAAAAGCUUACUUUGGAAGAAAAGGAACGAAGGGUGGGAAAUCGGCCUUUCUCAACCGCUGGGGCACACAUCGCCAUCGAUCUCAACCUGAGGAACCAUGUGCCCCAGAGCGUUUCUGUAGAAUUCGGCACCGAAGUGCCGGCGCUUACAGACCAACAGUCUCGUGCGGCUGAGGUGCUUUGGGAAGAUCUGCAGGUCCCUGAUGGUCUUCCACUUGAGGCCCGCCUUGACCGCUUCGCGAUAAACCUCGAGCGUCUGGCGAGACUAGACAGGCUGAGUGUGGGCGGCGUCAAUUGUUUCGAAGCAAUCACCGGGAUCUAUUCCAGCCUGCGAAGACUGUACGAGCACGAAGUUCAGAAGCUGAAAGCCUCUAAUCCUGACGGAACAUCUUCUAACGCCGACGACAUUGCGGCCGAGGUUGCGUGUCAGAAGAGUGGCAAGCCUGUGAUGCAUGAACGCGGCAAGAUUGGACUGGAAAUACAGUACUGGCAUCAGGGGAGGAGGAUGGGCUGGAAAGAUGGGUCUUCGAACGCUGAUAUCUUCGCCCUCCGCAUCGAAGCCGAACCAUCGCUGGCCGGCCUUUACCCAUCUUUGCGCGUAUCUGAUGCUUGGCUCCCCGCAAGCCUCGAAGUCUCCGAUUUCGAUGCGAUGGACACGAUUCCGUGGCAAGAUCCAGCUCCGACCUUCCUUGCCGCCAAUGAAGGCGCGACGACUAUGGCGGUCGACGGGCAGCCCAAGCUUCCCGACCUGCGCUUCACUGCCAAGCUCGACCCUCCAAUUGUCCUGCCUUACCAGGUGGCGUUGAACGUAUUAUCUUCUCUUGGCGCUUCACCCCCUGAGAUAUUGGUUAUACCGGCACAGUACCCCGCUCUACUCCUGGAUGCUACGCGCGACGGCCGGCCUUCGCCUUCUGCCUUGGGCUUCACGACUACCGCGGAGCACGUGGUGCUCUCGCAGAGGGACGGGGUGGAGAGCACAGUCACCCAUGAGUACACCCUACAUUCUGCAAAACCCGACUACGGACUGAAGUUGUACGAGCUCCCCUUCUCCCAUCCUCGCCAGCUCAUCGAGCUCUUGCCGACUUUGCGACAAUGGGCAAGUCUUGGUUCCCUCAUCGCAGCAACAUUCACGGGCAGCAAACAUUCGAAGACUGAUGCGCGCAAGACAAACGGUCUCACGCUACAAGACCUCCUUGCGGAUCACGAGACCGCAUCUGUUCGAGACAAGGUUCCAAUCAAUAUCGCACUCUCUACACUACUUCUCCCGACUUUGAACAUCACCUUCCCAACGAACGAUGGGGGGCGAGUGGGGAGCGUCAACGUGCAGGUGUUGCCCAAUUCAGAGAUUGCCGUCACCAACCAUGAUGCAGUCAUGCUAGCCAACAACUCCGACUCCCAGGAGCAAGCACGGAAACUGGCAAAGGCGCUCGAUGUUUGCGGUGGUCUUGGAGGUUGGAUAGAAUGGAUGCGUACCCGGGGCUGA